AUGUCGCUGCCUGGACCUAAUACAACAAUCGAAGAAACAAAAUCAAUGCCAUGCAUUGAAUUAGCAUCCCCCAUAUUAGCUGAAUCCGAUCAUUCAUUAACGUCUUAUAAAAGUUUCAAUACAAUUCAUGAACGAGAAAUCAACAAACCUACUGAAAGACGUCUAAACGUUAAAGCUUUGGUCGAAAAACAUAAACGGUUUCAAGAAAAAUUACUUGGCGUUAAGGUAAACAACCUUAACUAUAAAAUGACUUCAGUUACCACCAAUGCUUGUGAAAACGAAUGUGCGUCGUACAACAGUUGUAAAAAUAUGGAAGGUGACACGAAACAGGCGGAUAACGUCGACAAUUUUGCGAAAAAUAAUGUGUUUGAAGUAUUUGGUGCCCAAAUAUUAUAUAAUCAAAAACCACUGAAAGUACAAAAACUUGUGUUACAAUCUCAUGACAUUGAUUACAAAACUGAAACUCACGAGUUAGAUGAAAUAUUGAAAACUAUGGACAGAGAUUUUUGGCAAAAUAUUGCUUCUGUGGUCAACAUUAACAAUAUUUACUACCAGUGUUUAACACAAAUUAUACAGGAUACUCAAAAAUUUAAAAAUCUCGAGGACGUAUUGGUUCAUGUCAAUUCGGUAUUAAAAACAGUUGGCGAUGGGUCUGAACAAAUGGGAUUGGAACUCAUUACUUCUUACAAGAAAUGUUUGAAAAAGUUCGGUAUCGUAUUCGAUAGUAAAUUAAGUGAUAAAUUAAAGGAAACUUCGUUAUCAAGUAACGAUUGCAAGUUGAAUGCGCUUAAAACUGAGUUAGCUGAAAAUAAAAAGCGCGCAAAAAUCGCUGACAACACUAUCAUACAACUCAGGAAGGAAAAGAGAGAUUUGUUGAAUAUAUUAACCAGUUAUGAUGCUGAAAACAUUCACGGAGUAUCCUUAGAAAAACGGCUUGAAGCUGAGCAACAGAAAAACAGUGAAUUACGUGAAUUAAUUGCUACUAUUUUUAACGAGAAAAAUCCUUUUAUAAUAUUACCAAACUAA